AGGGCCUGAGGGGGGGCACCAUGCCCAGGGCCUUCCUGGUGAAGAGGAGCAACCCUCUGCCCUCCAGCCGCAGUUGGGACCAGCUGCCAGACGAAGAGAGAGCAGACACCUACGUCCCAGGUUAUUUCUGACUUACAGGACCUUUGAAGCUCUCAAGGGCUUUCUGGGCAGGAUUUGUUCACAGCGGGCUUGGCAUUAAUCUGAAUUAAAUCUUCUCCCCAGAUUUCAGGGCAUUGUCUAUAACUGAAUCUUCCAUUUCACUUAAAAGUGUGCAUGAGCACAUAGAUAAACGCAAAGGCUGCAGGCAGCAACCUUCCCUCCAGUUUCUUUACAUACCGUAGCUGAGCUGCAUCCCUGGACUUGCACUGCAGCAGCUGCCUAGUUUGCAUCUGUGUUUGGAUUGCUCCUGGCCAAAUUCCAGUGGAUUCCCCUGCCUUUCACUGAACAAAGAUCAUGUUUUGCCUUGACGCCCAUUUUCUUUAUAUACUUUCACUUGAAGAUAUCUGCAGUGGAAUAACACUUUCCUUUUGGGGAGUUGAGAUGUGUACUCCUGAAUUAUCGUAGUGAAGACAGCUGCAGCUUAGAGAGUACUAGCAGCAGGGACACAGAGAUCGCCAAUAUUUCAGCCCCUGAGUCCACAACAGAAGAGACACUUUUGGACUUGGCAGUGAACCGUCCUACAGUGAGAUCCAAAAUAAAGUUCACCACUGGUAUCUGUGGUGAUGUCUUGAUGCAUAAUUGUGAAUUAUGUGGCAAAGGAUUUCGCCUGCAGCGCAUGCUCAAUCGUCAUGUAAAAUGUCACAACCAAGUGAAGAGACACUUGUGCACCUUCUGUGGGAAAGGAUUCAAUGACACUUUUGAUCUGAAAAGGCACGUCAGGACACACACAGGAAUUCGCCCAUACAAAUGUGAGAUCUGCAACAAAGCCUUUACCCAACGUUGUUCCCUGGAAUCACACCUUAAAAAGAUCCACGGUGUGCAACAACAAUAUGCUUACAAGCAACGGAGAGAUAAACUGUAUGUUUGUGAAGAUUGUGGUUAUACAGGCCCAACCCAAGAGGACUUGUAUGUUCACAUCAGUAAUAUACAUCCUGGAAGUACAUUACUGAAGAAAACAAAAAAAUUAGCAACUGUUUUGCAAAACAAACUGACCUCCUCAGUGGAGAUAAGCUCAAUUCAGAAUGAGGGGGAGCAGUAA